AUGAGCGGCAGCUCAAAUCAGUCAAGUCGAACGAGCCCAGGCUCUAUCGGAACAACCCAGCGCACUUCAUCCGUUUCAUCAGGUGCAUCACCCAAGCAGCAAUUACUUUCUUCCCAACCUCUAUCGACUCAGCAUGCGAUGUCGACCGACGUGUAUCACCCGACCGUCUCUCAAGCACCAACAUCUCUAGGCCCAACAUUUACUUAUCCUUUUUCGCCUCUCGGCUCUUCGAGCUCUUUCGACGGCGGUAUGCGACUCAACGAUUCUGAUCGUCACCCCCACGGUCUUCCGGCUUUGGGGCGCGCAAACAGCGGCGGCGCGAUCUUGAUGCGCAAGCUUCCGCGCAAUACGAGUCGGGAAGCACUUCGCAGUAUGCUACUCUUCGCUAAAGACUUUUUGGAUGUCGACUUUGUUACUUCCGACCUACCAGAAGAUGAUGGGUUUCUGAGCGCGAUCGCACGCUUCAACACUUUGCCUGCGGCCGAGGAAGCUCGUUCGCUACUCAACGGUAAGCCGAACUCGAAGAACGACGCGAACAUGGUUGUGGAAAUGUACCCGGGUGCCGUGGGCUCCAGUUUCUCUAACACGCGUCGCAACACCAUCGAUCACACCGCAACUCGUGGAAUCCUCGGUGGAUCGCGCCAAUCUUCGCGUUUCAACGGUACCUUCCAGAGCCUGGAGCGAAUUUCUGCCAGCAACCCAUCUCAUAUGAUGGGCGAGGGCCUCCCUUCAACAUCUGAGCCUGGCUCACGCGGCCUACACAACCUAUUCUCCCCACAAUCUCCCAUCGGAAAUGGUGUUGGUGAUUAUAAACGCAUCUCUGGCAAAUCCAUGAUUGACGAGGAUAUUGAUGAAGAGACCGGAGAGCUACUGAAGGAUCCCGUGGGCUAUGCAGAAAAUGGCCACUCGGCCAACGCACGUCGCUCAACCAACCCUCAGAUUCCGACCGGUCGCUUUGCAAACCUCUCAAUGUCUUCUCCCCCACUUCCUCCUUACGGCUCCGGUGGCCCUGGACCGCGUAUGAGUAUCAGUGGUUCCUCGUCCGCUUACAGCAGUAAUGUGAACCAUGGCCAUGGUUAUCCUUAUGGUAGCCAACAUACUCCGCGCCAUAGCUUGCCCGCCGCAAACCCUAAUGAUCUGAACCCCCCUUGCAACACACUCUACGUUGGCAAUCUGCCACCCGACACUUCAGAGGAGGAGUUGAAGGCGCUCUUUUCGAAGCAGCGUGGGUACAAGCGACUUUGCUUCCGCAACAAACAGAACGGUCCCAUGUGCUUUGUGGAGUUUGACGAGGUGGCCAUGGCGAGCAAGGCGUUGAACGAACUGUACGGGUACAAACUGUCCAACAGUGUUAAGACAGGUAUUCGUCUGAGCUUCUCAAAGAAUCCUCUUGGUGUUCGAUCUGGUCAGCCAGGCAGCAUGAACCCAGCCAACCCGCUUAGUGGACCUGGUACUCCUUCUGGUGGAAACAAUAUGUCUGGGUCAAACCACCUUAUGUUUUCGGCAGUAAAUGGCCCCUCCCCCGGUCUCUCUGCUCCCCCGGGUCUUGUCAUGCCUAUGCCCAUGCGAAAUGGCGGUGGCAACGCCAACGGAAAUGGCAGCAUCUUGCAUUCACAGGGUGGCCAUCACGGCAUGGUUCCCAAUGGCUCUUUCAGUCACAACUCUGGUUUGGGCAUUCGAUCCAACGGAAGUAACUCAAUGAUGAUGUCUCCUCCCCCACCCGGAAACCAAGCUGGAAACACUCCUGCCGCGGGCUCCAACUCAGCUGCCCAUGGAUAUUCUCCAUUCUACCCUGACUACAUGAUGGGUCGCUAG